AUGAACAGACUGCCUAACGUGGACAUUCGUCGUCUCACUACUGAGGUCGUUUCCCCGUCGGGUCGUGUUCUACCUUGCGACAUUGUUUCUGUCAACGAAGGGCAGUUCACGAUACGUUUUGUGCCCCAGGAGGUCGGUGUGCACUUGGUCAACGUCCUCGAGCGAGGCGUACACAUACCGAACAGCCCAUUCCAAUUCACUGUGGGUCAACCGGCCGAUGGCGGCGCAAGCAAGGUUCGCGUGUCGGGCCGCGGCCUAGAGUACGGCGUGGUGGAUGAACGCAACGAAUUUUCCAUCUAUACCCGCGAGGCUGGCGCUGGCAGUUUGUCCAUCGCCAUUGAGGGCCCCAGCAAAGCAGAAAUUUUCUUCGAGGAUCAGCGCGACGGUUCCUGUGUCGUCUAUUAUCGCGUCCGCAAGCCAGGUGAAUACGUUUGUUCCAUCAAGUUCCGGGACGAGCACAUUCCUUUCUCACCAUUCACCAUCUACGUAUCGGACCCCAAGGAGGCUGGAAAGGUGUCCGCAUACGAAAUACCUGUUCAGUACGCCCCACCCGGCACUGUGCCGGCCAAGGAGGAUGUAGAGAUUGGACGCCCCGUCUUCUUUACGGUGCACUGCUUGGAGUCGAAACAAGUGCUUUUCGCCACCGUGGAGACACCUUCAAAGAAACAGGAGGAGGCCACUGUCCACCGUUUGGAUGGCGAUCAGUAUGUUGUGCGGUUCGUGCCCCACGAGAGCGGCACACACCUUAUCUCGGUCUAUGUGGUGCCCGAAUCGGAGAGUCACUUGGGCAACAAAAACAAGUUCUUCGUCAAUACGGCCAACGCCGGCAGUGGAGUUCUCAGCGUCUUGAUUGACGGGCCGUCAAAGGUCCAGGUGACCUGCGAGGAAUGUGAAGAUGGAUACGAAUUUGCCUACAUACCAACCGUUCCCGGCGAAUAUAAGAUCACUAUCAAAUAUGGUGGCAACUUUGACAUUUACGGAUCACCCUUCUUUGCCAAGAUCACCGGAGCGCCUAUGGGCGACAUCCCUGAAAUGAACAGUGAGCAGACUAGCAACGAUCUCCUUCUUGCUGGAAUGGCCGGACCAAAGUAUCCUUGCGACUACUUCGAAAUUGACCGCAUUCGUGAUGAUCAAUACAAGAUUACCUAUCGGGUGACGCAUGAGGGCAAGUAUCUGUUGGUUGUCAAAUGGGGCGAUGAGCACGUUCCUGGAAGUCCUUUUGUCGUCGAAGCUGGUCCAGGUCGAUGA